AUGUUCAAGAAUACAUGCACUUCCUGGGCUCAGUACCAGCCUGGAGUUAAUGACUUGAAUAUUUCACAUGUUCGCAACUACGAUCUCCCCGAUGACGUUUUCCAGCCUAGUGAAGUUCGCCCAACGCGGCCGAAGAAGAAGGUUGUGAAGAAAGUGGAACAGACAGUUUCCCAGAAGCGAAAUAUCGAUGCAGUAGACGGCCAAGAAAUAUCCGAAUCAGCGUCGAAACGCCAUGUCUCGCAAAACGGGAUGGUGACUCAAGCUACAAUAGCUUAG